AUGCCAGAAGAUUUGAAGGUGACAGUACAAGAUGAUUUAGAUGAUUCAAAUGAUGAUUCAGAUCUUGAUACUGAUUUCGAGACUGGAAUUUUUGUUAACACGUCAAUACCUGUGUUUUUGGUGGGUUUCAACUUUGGUUCACGGGAGGCUGCUCAAUUGGUUGCGUUAGAUACUGGUAGUAAUCUGUUUUGGGUUCAGUGCAAACCUGGUAUAGGCGGCAAUAGGACAUUCUAUAGAAACUAUUGGUCUGGGGAGUCUUCAACAUAUUCUGCUAAUGUGAGGUGCGAAGACUUUUGUUCUUCUACUCCGUUGACAUGUAUUCCAGCACCCACUUUCUGUUGGUUUGUAUUGAAAUAUUUGGGUGAAGUCGUUGUCCGUGGAAAUCUUGCAUUUGAAAGAUUUAUUUUCGGUUCAUCAUUUGACAACCAACCAGCGCAUGAGUUAAAUCCGUUAUUUGGAUGUACUAUAAAAAAUAGCUAUAUAGACAAGUUCAAUCGUGUCUUGGGGCUUGGUCCUUCAGGAAUCUCAUUAGCUUCACAACUGGAUAGUAGUGAGUUCUCAUACUGUAUUGGAAAUUUAAGCGAUCCAUUUGAUAAAAAAAAUAUGCUGAUCAUAGGGAGAAAGUCCGGAGGAGUUGAGUUUUCAACUCCUCUUAUUAUUAGGGAGUUCCAUUACUACGUAAAUUUUGAAGGCAUUAACUUUAGGGGUAGGAUACUCGGCACUGACAAAAAGGAUUUGAGCAUGGAUAAUUUUAAAAGUGGUGGGGGUGCAAUUAUUGAUUCAGGUUCAAGUUUGAGUUUCCUUCAAGAUAUUGCAUACGAGAAAGUUGAACAGGCAAUUGUUGAUUAA